AUGUCCGUGGCAGCACUCAGCGCAAUGGAUACCCAUAUUAUCAUCAAGCAAUAUGCCGAAAUUGGGGUUUACACAUACAGAUUGUUCCUUCAUCCGCUCUCGAAAUACCCUGGGCCUAGGCUGGCGGCAGCGAGUUCUGUGUAUGAAAUGUAUCACGAUAUUGUUAAGAAGGGGGAUAUGACGUUCCACAUGGACGAGUUGCACAGGAAAUAUGGACCCAUUGUCAGAAUUUCCCCGAAUAAAGUUCGUCUACGGAACUCGAACGCUUUUCAUGAGCUCCACAAAGUCGGGUCUCCUCUUACCAAAGAUCCCGGCUUCUACGGUCUUUUCGGUCUCGCAAACUCUACUUUCAGUACAAUCAACCCUAUUAUCCACAGGAAACAGCGCCGCGUUCUAGACCCGAUGUUCUCUCGGCGUAGUAUCUUGGGCUUCGAGAAUGUAGUCCAGGAGAAAUGCGACCUCCUAUGCUACAAGAUUAGGGAGCUUGAGCAAGCGGACUCUAAGGUCAAUUUCCACAACGCAUUUGUAGCACUCACGAUCGAUAUUGUUACCGAAUAUGCAUACGCCAAGUCUUACAAUACCCUAUCAAACGAAGGAUUUGUGUCGAAAGUUGGGUCUGCAUUUGACGCUCAGCAGGAAGCAUUCAUGGUCUUGAAGAGCUUUCCAAUCAUUGCAAAGACUUUCCAGAGCCUGCCUCCCUGGCUACUAAUGAAGGUUUUCCCAGACGGAGCUGGAUUCAGAGAGCUCGAGGUUGAUGCCGAAGAACAACUGAAAACUAUCCUCGAAAAAACCAGAAACGGAGAAGUCAAGACUGGCCACAGAACUGUCUUUGUAGAGAUGCUGGAAGGCUACCACGACCCGAACCCACAGGAUCUAGUCCACGAAGCUGUUAGUGUAGUAGGUGCAGGCAUGCACACCACCCGCUGGAUCCUUUGUGUUGGUGCUUUGGAGGUAGCGAGAAAUCCUGAAGUCGCGUGGAAAUUGUACGAGGAAUUGAAGACAGCGAUCCCGAACAUCAACGAUAAUUUACCAUAUGAACAGCUUGAAAACCUACCUUACUUGAGGGGUGUUGUUAAAGAAGCUUUGAGGCUUGGAUAUGGCAUUGUUUCUGCAAGCCCCAGACUAGUGCCUCGUGAGGGAGCUGUGAUCGGUGGUUAUCAUCUCCCUAGAGAUUCCGUGAUUGAGAUUGAUCACUACUCCGUUUCCCAUGACGAAGAGAUCUUUCCAGACUCAUACACAUUUUCCCCAGAGCGUUGGCUUUCACCUGAAUCAAAGACCAAGGAGAAAUACGUUGUUGCUUUCGGUGCUGGUAGCAGACAGUGUCUAGGCGUCAACCUUGCUUACUGCGAGUUGUACCUGGCCUUCGCCGGAAUCUUCAGAAGAUUCGAGCUGGACGCUGUUGGCCACGACCACAUGGCCUUCUCUGACCACUGGAUGCCUAUUUUGAGAGGAGAGAGCUUCGCCUGUAAGGUUCGGUCAAGACAGGAUUAA